AUGGGGUUCUCGAUGGCGGCGACGACGGCGGAUGGGUACGAUGAUGAACAAGAGUGCGACUACCUGUUCAAGGCGGUGAUGAUUGGGGACUCCGCCGUCGGGAAGUCGAACCUGCUGUCCCGAUUCUCGAGGAACGAGUUCCGGGUCGACUCCAAGCCCACCAUUGGCGUUGAGUUUGCUUACAGGGACGUCCGGGUCGGAGACAAGGUGAUCAAAGCCCAAAUUUGGGACACUGCCGGCCAAGAAAGGUUCAGAGCAAUAACAAGCUCAUACUACAGGGGAGCAUUGGGGGCACUAGUGGUAUACGACAUAUCACGGCGAGCAACAUUCGACAACGUGGACAAAUGGCUGGACGAGCUCCGAGGUUUCAGCAGCCCCGACAUGGUCAUCGUCCUCGUCGGAAACAAAUCCGACGUCGGCCGGCAGCUGAGAGAAGUCAGCGAGGAGGAAGGCAGGAGCCUGGCCGAGAUUCAAGGCCUUUCCUUCAUGGAGACCUCCGCCAGGGACAACGUCAACGUCGACUCCGCCUUCCUCGAGAUGAUCGCCAAGAUCCACCUCAGGAACACUUCCCACAAGACUUUGGACACCGGCGGCGGCAGCAGAGGAGCCUCCUCCGCCGCCGCGGUGGCCCCCGUCUCAUCUCUGCCGAUGGGGAGACAAAUAUUGAGUUUCGACGAUCAAGUGAACGACGACACCAAUAGUAAAAAGGGUAGUGGUAAUACCAGAAGAUGUUGUUCUUAA